CGAACACAGAUUAACUGCAUAUACACUGCCACUAUUUUGUAUAAAGAUAUGGAACAAACGGUAGGAACAUAACAAUUAACAACUGCUUAAGUGCCUUUCUUUACACAUUCUCACUCUAUAUGUCAGUCAAAAAGUGUUGUUUGUUUAAAUUAAUACCUAAUACUAAUUACUCAUUGCUUCGAUACUUUUGUGUUAUUAGGCUAAGAUAGACCUUACGAGGAAUAAAAGAUGGGUAACACAGAUGGAAACGUACUUCGAUAAGGCCGACAGGGAAAAGACUGGCUAUUUAUCACUCGAGAUGUUUGAAAAAUGGGCUGACAACAUGAGGGAUCUUGGGAAGGCCACUGCUGAAGAGAUUCAAAAGGUACGAGAAACUAUUCGUGACUUCAUCACAGCGGCAGGAAUUCUUCCAGGCAAGCCAGUGACGAAGAAGGGAUUUGUCGAAGGCAUGAGUCGUCUUGCUCACAGCGAGCUGGAAAAGAGGCGAUUGAGUGAGCCGACACUUCACGAGAAGAUGACUAAUGCCAUGUAUGACGCCAUUGGUAUAAAGGACGUCGUGACGGUUGACGAUAUAAAGGUUUUCAUGAAAUGUGUCGACAUGGAUCCAGAAGGAGCUGUACAAUAUUUCGCUAUGGCAGAUAAGAAAAAAAAAGGGAAACUUCCACGAAAUGUUCUAAUUGAUUUAGAAUUUGAAUUUUGGUUUAAACCUGAAGACGAGAGCACUAAAGGCAUGUAUGGAGGAACUUAUCAAGGCGGUGAAUAAGAACAGCGUGCCUUUCCAUACACAAUUUCUAUCUGUAAAACUAACUGAAUUCUCAUCUAAUUGUUUAGAAUCACUAGAGACCAAAUUUGAAUUGUAUGUGCAUCUGGUUUGUCA